GCGGAGCCUUGCUGCAUAUAUAUAUUUCGUAUUGCCGUUGCUGUUGGCGGGGUGACGCGCUCGUGGAGAAGGGAAAGCUCACGUAGAGACACGCGACGCGUUGCGUUGCGAUCAUGCUUGUUCUUCAACGGGCGGGAUGUAUGCACAGAACUCCUUGUAGAGAGCUACGACUCGCCCGAAAAAGUGAAUUGGGCGUGCUCGUGUUCGCGAUGUUUCAGAGAACAAAAGUCCUGGGCAGUUAUUGUUGCUUGCUCAUUUGCUGGCGAGAUGCCAUAUUCGUUCUCAAUCUAGGGCCAUGUGAUGAUAUUGCUGUCUUUAUAGGUCCGGGGGAGAGGUAUGUACACCUAGUUCUUUAGUAGUUGACUUGUGAAUAUUUAGUAAUGAUUUGAUUAUGUCGCCAUUUAUGUUCUUUUAUGUGAUCUAAAAAAGGCUGGA